UCUAUACCUCCACAUUUACAUAUGUACUAUUACCUGACUGGAUGUGUUAGCGUUGUGCAUAUGCAGGUCUUUUGCAAUGCAAUUGUUUGCAGCUCUAAUCUCCUCAAAACACCCUGCAUAUGGACGGUGAAAGACGAGCUCCCCCUGCUCGCUGCACUAGCCCUCUCACAGUUCUCUCACUUUCCACCGCCUUCACCUUGUGUCACCCCGCAUUCACCGCGACUUGCUGCUGCCUGGGAUCCGUGCGCGCACGACGCGGUGACGCUGUUUUUUGUCUUGGCGGCGCUCUAUAAACCCGCUCUCGUCGCUCUCUACCCCACUUCGCAACCCAUCACCACCACCACCACACCCUCUGCUCCAUUCCGCUCCAGUUUCUUGUCCACCGCUUCACGAUCUUCCUCUGCAUUCCAAGCCAAGAUGUCCGAUGCAAUGGUCACCGCCGACGACAAGGAGCAGCUUGCGCAGCUUCUCCGCCUCAAGCUCGACAAGGUGCCUGCGCGGCUGAUGCCCGCAAUCACCAUCGAUGAAAUCAUCGCGGCUACUGCGGACAAUGGUGGCCAAUUUCCCUUCGCCGAGUGCCUUAUGGUGCCACCCUGCAGGGUGUUCUCGACUUCCGCUAUCAGCAUGCUCAGGAUGCUGCCAACAAGACUCCUCUACACGAAAUGAAUCCCGACCAUCUUCUCGCCUAUUUCCUUUCCAAUUAUGAUA